GGUAAAUGUGACCUGCAGCAGCCGAGGAUCUUCACACAGACAGAGCGCUCACUCUGUUCAACAGUGAAGCAUCAUGGGAGGUGGCAGAUGGAUGAACCGACCGUGGGCCGAGCAGAGCCUGUGACACACACACAUACACACACACAUCAUGGAACAAGGCUUCAGCUUAAACACACUGAAGAAGUUGGCGGCGGAGCCUGACUACACGGACGUGUCGCUGACGGCGGCGGAGCGUGUGCGAGCGCUCGGGAAGAUGGGCUGCAGCGUGGAGAUCAACGAAGACGUGGCGCCGCGGCGGUACUUCCGCUCCGGCGUGGAGAUGGAGCGCAUGGCAGCGGUUUACCUGGAGGAGGGCAGCCUGGAGAACGCCUACGUGCUCUACACCAAGUUCAUCACGUGAGCCGCACAACACGCCACCGCACAACACGCCACCGCACAACACACCACCGCACAACACACCACCGCACAACACACCA